GUUUCAGGCCAGCUUGAGAUGCAUACAGCUAUUUACAGCAGAGUGAACGGGAAAUGAGCCUUCACGCUCGCGCCAUCAACCUCCCUCCUCUCUCUGGAAAAUGUAUGAAGCGAGUUGGUAUGAUGCAUUCGUCCCUCGCUCUAGCACCCAGCAGGACAAGUCGAAGGGCCACAAACGUCGCGAGAGUCUACUGAAGCAACCAAACGAUGGCACUUCAGCUGACGUCGAGACCGCAGUCGGUAUACCCGAGAUACCUGAGGAACUUACAGAUACGAUUGGGCCACCAGAAGCUACCAUUGCGCGGCGUGCGAAAUCCUACAGCGACUUUUACGAUGUGGUCAGGGCACACGUUCGAAAAGAGCAUGAGAAGGAACGCGAGGCAGAAAAGGCAAAGAAAAGGACAAGAGACCAAAUUAAGACUGAAAUUGACUUUACGGAAUGGUAUGGAGAUAUCAGCGAUGAGCUGCUAGAUGCGAGCCAUGAGCAGUAUCGACUAUAUCAUGACCAACUGAGCCUCACAAAGUCGCAUUUGGAUAAUCUGCUCCUCGACACAUCUUCUGCUUUAAAGAACCUAGUAUCUCUCUCGAACUCAUUCAAGGCCGUAGAACACCAGACUACUGCUUUUCAGACACAAUGCGAGAGCUUGGUCCACGAUCAAAGGCGCAUUGUUAAGCUUGCAGAUGAAGUGGAAGAUAAUUUGCGGUACUAUGCAUACCUUGAGCCGAUCACACGCAGGUUGAAUGCCCCCGGUGCUGGAAACCACGUGAGACGAAAAGAAUAUGUGGACAUGCUGGAGAACCUCGACAGCUGCUUGGAAUACAUGGAAUCUCAUCCGAGCCACCGCGAAGCGGCCACAUACCGAUCUCGGUACCGAUUACUUCUGACGCGAGGACUCACAUUGAUCCGUGUACACAUCACCAAUGCUCUUCGAGAGAUAGCUGCCGAUGUGUCGAAACGAAUUGCAGAUAGGCAACUCAACGAGACCACUAUGUCUGCUCUUCUGUAUGCCAAAUUCAGGGUCGGUGCCCCAGAACUGAAACAACUAGGUCUCCAAAUACAAAAACGUGCUGUGGUACCAGCGAACGCCGAAGCUGGUACAGAAGCAGAAUAUCAAAGUUUGAUGAACGAAUUGUACCAAAGCUAUUCGACCGCCCGGGGCAGGUUGAUACUGCCUAUCGUCUCAAAGGAGAUGGGGGAAAUUGCGCUGGCUCCAAGCACGUCAAAAGACCUCGUCGCCUUUGCAAGGAGUAGCAUAAGCUUCUUGCGGGGCAUCCUUGUUGACGAAUAUGAGCUGUGGUUCGAAUGGUUUGAGACUGAUGGAAGACUAUAUCACUUUCUCGAAUCGUUAUGCGAGCCCCUUUUCGACCAUCUUCGGCCCCGUAUCAUACACGAAACACAGAUGACCAAACUUUGCGAGCUCUGCACCUUCAUCCAGACCCGAUAUAUAGACCCAGAUGAGGAGGAAGAGGACCCUCUAGAUCGGAGUCGUCUCAACUUUCCAGCUUUGAUACACUCGGCACUAGAAGAUGCUCAGACACGACUUGUAUUCCUCGCACUGGGGGUCCUGAAGACAGACAUUGAGCAAUAUAGGCCGAAGCCAGAGGACCUCGACUAUCCCGGCCGAUUCGAUCGUAAUGCUAAACUCAAGACUUUGUCAGCCCAGCCCGCCCUAUCUGGUCGCAAAGGCUCUCAGAACGGUGUCCUCCCCCAAACCAUGAUUGUCGAGUCAGAAGAAGACGGCCUAAGCGCGUUCAACUUCAAUGCGUACCAAGACUGGUAUCCAACGAUGCGUAAGGCAAUAUGGCUUCUCAGCAAGAUCUACCGCCUUGUCCACUCCUCCGUCUUCGACGACCUUGCUCAUCAAAUAGUCCACCAGACGACGCUCUCCCUACAUAACGCAGCAUCCCAGAUCUCCCAGCGCUCCUCCCCUACUGACGCCAACCUCUUCCUGAUCAAACAUCUACUCCUACUCAAACAACAAAUUGUCGCCUUCGACAUUGAAUUCGUCACCCCAGAAGUCGGCUUCGACUUCUCAUCCAUGACCUCGACCUUCCACGAACUCCGAUCUCGCGGCGGCCUUUUCAACCCCGCAAAUUUGAUGCGCCUCGUCGGCGGCGGCCUCGUCCCAAAAGUAGUCGAGAACAUGCUCGAUGCCAAAGCCGAGCUCGACGGUAAACUCCGCACUGUCAUCAACGAAUUCACAAACUCCUUUGCUACUCGCAUGGCCGCGGCCGUCUCAGAAGGUGCACAGGCGAAAAAGUCGUUCGAUCCGCAUGCCGCUACACAGCUUGUGCGCAGCGCCAUGGAGAAGGAAACGCCGUUUAUGCGCAAGCGGUUGGAGGAGUAUAUCGACGAUGUGCGCACACGCGAGACCCUUGUCGCCGCAGUGCAAGACCGGGUCAUUGAGCUCUACGAGACUUUCCAUGAUCGCUAUGUGGCGCAGAGCAGGGCAAAUGGCAAAGGCUUGCCGAAGAAGGGCAAGGGUAGGGACGAUGAGGUUUGGGAUGCCGAGGCGUUUGCGGAGUGGGCUGAGGGGCUGUUCAAUGUGGGUAGGUUGGCGUUUGAGCAGGAUAUGGACGAGGAUGAUGACGUGGGGAGUAUGGGGAGUGGAAUCAGUCGGAGUGGGAGUACGUAGAGCGACGAUGAUGAGCCGUUGAUGAUGAGCAGUUGAUGAUGAGCAGUGGAUGAGCAGUUAUUCACGAAGGACAGCACCAUCAAUCACGGAUCCAAUAAUAUAAUAUCAUUCAGGGCCUUUGUCGAGCUUUGUUCAAUCUUUAAUUCAUUCGGUCCCAUCUCAUGGGUCAUCUAUAUACGUACAGUUCCCAGGCGGCUUGGGCUGGAUACAUCGCCAUUGCAUUCCCCAUCAGUUGAACUUCAAAAGUGUCCCACCCAGUAACUCCGAGCUCAUAUGCCA